GAGACAUUCACUCCCAGGCCACAAAUAUCUGCUUUUCUCCCCCCACACAAACAACAAAACACCAAGAACGACAUCGAGCUCGGAGUGUUUGGACUUUUUCUCUCGCUUUUCUCGCUUGGUGGCUUCAUGUGAAAGUUGGCUUCAUGCGGCGCUGGAAACUUUUUGAAGAGUCAGGAUGCAGAAGAAUAUUUGGUGUCGCUCGCCGCCAAGCGUGGCUGUUGGGACCGGCUGAGGAGGCGACGUAAGAGAAGCGCCAGACAAGCCGGAUUAUUCUUCAUCACCUCCAUGUUUCUGCGACAUCAUCCAAGCCUCCUCUGACCACGCCCGCCAGCUCGCCCUCCGACCGCCCGACGUUGCGCCUGCAAGGCGGGGGAGCCCCCCCCCCCCCCCACCCCCAAGCUGACUUUCAUGGCCGCGGCACUCUAAGGCUGCCAUGGCAGCUGCUGCCGCCGAUGCCUCACAACGUAUUACCGCACUGACGCCGGAGGAAGAGGGACGACGGACCGCCGCCGCCAAGUUGUUCGGGAGCGCCAGGAGAGAGAGGGACGACGAGGAAGACGAGGGGGCGAGAGGGAAGGAGUGUUUGGUGUGCGGGGCUCUGUUCGCCUCUCAGGAGAAGCUCCGCCUCCACGCCGCGACGCACGGGGGAGAGAAACCUUUUCACUGCUCGCAGCCCCACUGUGCGAAGGCCUUCAGCUCCAAAUACAAACUCUUCAGGCAUAUGGCCACGCAUUCUCCGCAGAAGACCCACCAGUGCUCGUUUUGCGAGAAGAUGUUCCACCGCAAAGACCACCUGAAGAACCACCUGCAGACCCACGACCCCAACAAGGAGGCCUUCAAGUGCGAGGAGUGCGGCAAGCACUACAACACCAAGCUCGGCUACAAGCGCCACGUGGCCAUGCACUCGGCCACGGCGGGCGACCUCACCUGCAAGGUGUGCAUGCAGCGGUACGAGAGCACGCCCGUCCUGCUGGAGCACCUCAAGAGCCACUCGGGGAAGUCGUCGGGCGGCACCAAGGAGAAGAAGCACCCGUGCGACCACUGCGACCGCCGCUUCUACACGCGGAAGGACGUGCGGCGCCACAUGGUGGUGCACACCGGCCGCAAGGACUUCCUCUGCCAGUACUGCGCCCAGCGCUUCGGCAGGAAGGACCACCUGACGCGCCACGUGAAGAAGAGCCACUCGCAGGAGCUGCUGAAGAUCAAGACGGAGCCGCCGGACAUGCUGGGCCUCCUCACCUCGGGGUCGCCUCCUUGCUCGGUGAAGGAGGAGCUCAGCCCCAUGAUGUGCAGCAUGGCCCCCAACAAGGACCCCAUGAUGGGCAAGCCCUUCCCGAGCGGGGCCCCCUUCCCCAUGGGCGUGUACAACCCCCACCACCUGCAGGCCAUGUCCAACUCCGGGGUGGCCCACCCUCACCCUCACCCUCACCCUCACCCGCCGCUCAUAUCCGCGCCCCUCUCGGCGGCCAUGAGCUGCCACAUGGAACCCACUGGAUCCCUGCACCCGCACUCCCACCACCACCACCACCAUCACCACCACCACCACCACCACCAUUCCCCGCCCCACCAGCAGCAGCAGCACCACCCCCAGCAGGCGCCCAAGUACCAGCUGGGAUCUACCUCAUACCUGCUGGACAAACCCUUGAAGGUGGAGAUGGAGAGCUUCCUCAUGGACCUGCAGAGCGGCCUGCCGGGCCCGGGGCCCUCGGCGGAGCCCCACGCUGCUGUUUCCCCGCCUAAGGACGGACUGGAGCCCCCUGCUGGCCUGACGGAAGAACUGUGCGGCGAUCCCCUGCUGUCCAAGAGCCCCGCGGUGAUCGCCGAGUCUCUGUGUGCUGCUAACGUUGACUUCUCCAGCCUGCUGGGCUUCCUCCCGCUCAACCUGCCCCCCUACAGCGCCCCCAUGAGCGCCGGAGGGCUGGUGAUGGGCUACACCUCGUCGGCGACUCCCUCCUCCUCGUCGUCGUCUUCCUCGACUCUGCACGCCGCCGAGCCGGCGCCUCUUACCUCUUUGCAACCGCAACCUCAGGAGCAGCAGAGCUCCGGCGGGGGCCUGGGUCUCGGACCCCUGCACCCCCUCCCACCAGUGUUCAGCUCCAGCCUCAGCAGCACAACGCUGCCACGCUUCCACCAGGCCUUCCAGUGAGCGCUUUUGCCCCGCGCACGGA